CUUCCUUCUAGUUUGUGGCGAGGCUGCUGUGACUUGACUGAGAGGAUUGCUAAACAAUAAAGAAGAAGCUCCUGUAGUUCACGUGGAAGACGGCAUCUUCUGCUCGUGGAUGUGACAUGCAAAAGGGUCGGAGGCAUCAGGAGAGUGAGAAGAAGCGGUUCUUUAUUUGCAUUUCCUUUGCCAAAGGAUACAUGACUGGACUGUGUAUCCCCCCCCAAAAAACAGGUGAAAGCCUUCAUAGGGUAGCUGUGCCUUGAUGGGAGUAGAACCAGUCUGCGAAGGGGAGGAGGUCCACAGAUCUCACACAUGAUGGACUGCAACGACUCCCACCCUCUGCUCUCGGCGGAGCAGCUCAUCUACGCCAUCACCAUACCGCUGUCGACCUCCAUCAUCUUGGCCAACCUCGUCAUCAUACUGGGCAUCGCCUGCAACCGCCAGCUCCACAACACGCCCAACUACUUCUUCCUCAGCCUCCUGGUGGCGGAUCUGUGCACGGGCGUGGCGCUGCCCUUCAUACCGUUGAUGGGCCUGAACCGGGAGCUGAGUCUCAGCUCCUGCCUGGUGGCUCACGUUUUCCCAAACUUCCUCUUCCUAGCGUUCCUUUUCAACCUGGUCAUGGUCCACUACGAGCGCUACAUCUGCAUCGUCGACCCCUUGCACUACAGUAACUUGUGGAUGCAUCGCAGCUUCCCUCUGGCGCUGCUCGCGGUCUGGGCGCCGGCGCUUCUGUACGCGUCCCUGCCCGCUUUCGGGUGGAACAACUGGACGGGCCCGGAUUGGAACGGCUGCUGUGCAAGCGGCCAAAACGCGACGCCGCUUUCAAACUGUUCGCCGAACAGAACCAAGUGCUGCUCGUACAGGCGAGUGUUCCCCAACGCCUUCAUCUACCUGGAGGUGUAUGGACUCGUCCUGCCCGCCAUACUAACAAUCGCUGGCAUGACCGGCCGUGUUCUGUGGAUCACCCGAGGCCAGCUGAAGGACAUGUGUCGCCUCCAUCGCUCGGUGGAGCGGGGAAGCCAGGCCUCGGACCACGAGCAGAGGCUGAACCUGCGCUACACGCGCUGCGUGGUGGCCGUGUCGCUGACGUUCCUCGCGUGCUGGGUGCCCUACCUCAUUUACAUGCACGUGUGCAUCGCCUUCUUGAUCAUCGACACCAAGCGGAGCUCCGCCACUCACAUCGUGCUGUCGUGCACCGGCAUCGGCAGCAUGGCGGUGGUGCCGCUGGUGCUCGGCCUCGCCAACAGGCAGUACACGGAACCCGCGUACAAGCUUCUCCAGAAACUCAGAGACAGGUGGAGGCGGAGGACCCAGGGAUCGGUGGAGGUGUCGGUCUGAGGAAAUGUGAUAUUUAAAAACACAACAGAAACCCAUCCGUUGAUUCAGCUGAAAUAUCCUUUCUGUCUGUAACCCCCCAUUCAUUUCAUAAUUUGGCUUGACAACAUUUAAACCAAGCACAUGCUAACAUUGUCCUGAUGUCUCUCCGGGACAAUAGAGGGCUGAAGGAACGUACACUCUCAGUAUAAUAACAUGAUGAAGGAGUGAAACUGCCCCUGUGUAAAGUGUUGUAUACAUCCCAUAAACGUAGAGCUCAAAAGCCCUCAUUUUGUCUCCGCCUGCUCUGCAUAUCAGGUAGUCGAUUUGUUCUCCAUCUGCGUGCAAUGUUUACUCCUACUUGGUGUUUAUCUACACACUGGUAUGCAGGCUGAAGAGGGGAGUCCAUAAUUCAUCUCCAAGACGUGAGGAAAUGAGAGCCUCAAGCACGAACGUGCACGACACGAAAACCAUGCGGCGCAAGUUAGAGUUGGAAAUGAGUUCCCAGUUUUGGCCAUAUUUAGAUAAACUGUCACUGGGAGCUUAAGCAUCGUAAAAGCACCGGCCGCGUCCACGCACACUAAAAGUGAUCCAAGGGGAAAUUCGAUUACUAUUUGGGAACUUGAUUAAACGCCAGAAUAUAUGCCGUGCUAUUGGUUUCCCCCGAUCAAAAGUGCGUUUUUUAGACGUGCGUGUACAGUGCGUGGGUGGAGAAGAGACUUUAAUCCAGUUAAAGAGCAAACGAGGCCCGACUGUGAUGGGACACGAG